AAAUCAUCAUCCUCAUAUCUCACAAACUUCACCUUCUUUGUUGACAAGUAACAGCAACUAUGUCCUCAUUACCAAGUCCAGUGCCAAUCAUCCUCUGCGGCAGACGCGUCGAAAUUGGAAAGGUCGUCUCGGAGCUAUUGGCCCCGGAAUUCGAAGGAAUCCACUUCAUAACAACCAACGAAGCCGCUUUAACCGAUAUCCCCCGCCUCCUAAAAGGCGAGAAACUCGCGUCCCCAGAUACCAGUGGCGUAGGCACCCAGAACUACAGCCAAGUCCCGCGCGCUGUCAUCUUUGGUCGGGGAUACGAGGUUGCUGAAGUGGAGGAGUUUAGAAAAGCGAGUGAGGGUUAUGCCAAUCCUGUGGUUUGGUUUACGGGUGAUCCGAAUAAGAAGCCUGGUCCUAAUGAUCCGCCUCCUGGGCCCGGGUAUGCGCAGGCUGCGGCGAGUGCGUUGAAAGAGAAGUUGAUUGCUUGGAGGGAUGAGGGUGGUGUCGAUGAUGGGAUCUUUUUGUGGUAGUCAUUUUUGCAGGUCAGGGGUGUUGUUGAUGGAAUUCGAGGAGACUUGGUGUGUAUGGGUUAUGUGAGACAGGAGAGUAUCUUUUUGAAGUGGAUUAAGUCUUGAUAGCCAUGCAAUUGGAAUGCCAUCGAUAGUCAAUAAUUUUUCUG